AUGCCUCUCGAUACUUCGACUACUUACCCUCUCACUCGACUGCGCCUGGAUGGUCGUCGGUGGAACGAGCUGCGGCUGCUCCAGGCCCAGAUUUCUACAAACCCCGCCAGUUCGGGUUCUUCUUACCUGUCUAUGGGUAACACAGCUAUCAUGUGCUCUGUCCACGGUCCCGCCGAGGGCCGCAGGGGCGAGGCCAGUGGUUCAGCCGGCAGUUCAGGUGCCGUUGUUGAGGUGGACGUGAACAUCGCAGGAUUCGCCGGUGUGGACCGAAGGAGGAGAGCCGGAGGCAGUGACAAACAAUCCUCGCGCAUUGCAACCAUCCUUCGCUCUGCUUUCCAGUCCCAUCUACACACCUAUCUUUACCCGCACAGCACUAUUAGCAUUCAUGUCUCAGUUCUCUCCGCCGACGGCUCUCUCCUCGCGGCAGCUAUCAAUGCAUGCACUUUGGCUCUGGUGGAUGCCGGUAUUCCCAUGCCUGGACUUCUCUGCGGCUGCACAGCAGGCAUGAGUGGUAGCGCGUCUACACCAAAGGAUCCUCGCAGCGAUGAAUUAGAUCCCCUGCUUGACCUUUCUCUUCCCGAGGAACAGGAGCUUCCGCAGCUGACCGUUGGUACCACCACGUCUGUCCCCGUGGGAGAAAAUAACAUGGACGAGGGAGAAGAAACGAAGGUGGCCAUCUUGAACAUGGACUCCAAGUUGCACUGUACGUACAUUGAAACGAUGCUGGCUGUGGGGAUGGAUGGAUGUAACCAAAUCCGCGAAUUGUUGGAAGGCGUCAUCAAGGAUUCCAGCCGGGCAUAA